AGAAAGAUGAGAAGAGAGCAGAGAAAAUGGAGUGUUUGAGUCUGUCAUGCUGUCACAUCUGAAGCUAAACGUAUCUUUCCAGUGUCCAGAAAUCUCUCUGUCAGACAGAACGAUGAGGUUUUCCAGUCAACUUGCAGACAGAUGUGGAAGCAGCUGCUGCUCUCACCGCCCGACGACGCCGGACAGAUCAGCCUGGAGCAGCAUGCCAUCUUAACCAGCGGCGAGCUGUCCACCUUGGCCCAUCUCUCCACAGCCCGCUCUCUCCACUUGGUGAAGAUGUAGUCUGUUUGAUCUCUAUGGAGAUGUCUCCAAACACUGUCUCCUCUGUCUCGUUGCCAUGGUCACUGUGGUUGCUGUUCUUUCUGACCCCCGUCACCCAGACAACAAGCUCCGCCCCCUCAUCUGAAACGUCUCUGCCGGUCAACACCACGCUGCUGUUCGACAGCGACGGCCCGGGCAACAACCUGCGGAACUGCAGCUGCACCACGCCCGUCCGGGACUGCGACGAGGCUCUGGCCAACUCGCUGUGCAGAUGCCACACCGUUUUGCGCUCCGCUCUGCCCCCUGCUGGGCUCAGAGAGCCUGGACCACUCACCGUGUGGGUGAAGGAGCUCUGGGUCCUGGAGGAGCUGCUGAACAGGAGCACGGUUGGCCAUUUGCAGUUGUCUUUUUGUGGAGUAAAGCCAAUGGACAGUCAGUACCUGGCUCUGCUAGGUCUGCAGACCCUCAAGAUCCACAGUGCAGCACCAGAAGCUCCCUACCCCAACCAGGAAAUGACAAUCUCCCCAGCAGCAGGGGUUGCAGUGGAGCUAGAGGCCCUCUCCUUUGACAUCUCCACUUCCUUCCAUGUGACCUUCCUGGAUGUAGCGGUUCUCAAUGGCGUCUCUGCUCUGAAGGCAUAUAGUGUGGUGGGACCAGCUGCUCACACCCUCUCCCAGCAGUUCCCCGACCUGGCCUCGCCCCUUUCUCUGGCUCUGCCACCCUCUCCUACUUCUGAUCACCCUACGGAGCCCAGUGAGCAGGCUGCAGAGCCUCCGCACAAUCUGCUUUUUACUUUUGUCUACUAACAACAAGCUCCCGUUCAUGGACAUGGUCAGGUUUGCAGUACAAGUGACAAAUGAUGCACAGGAGUUAUGUACAACAACAACUGGAUGGUUUUUUUUGUUCUCCUUUUGCACAGGAAAAGUGGCACAUGUGGAUUAUAAUAACCUUUUGUAGUCUGGUCCAAAGAUGGCUUUGAACAGAGAGGCUGACAUCUCUCUCACGCUGAUGCUUUUUCUUAAAGGAGAUUAUUGACUUCAGAACUGUUACACGUGUGUUACACUCCUGCUGCCGCUUUUUUUUUUAUCCCUGAAAGGAAUUGCCUCGAAAUCUCUGCACUCAUAACGUAGACAGACACAAGGUUUGGGAAUGUUUACAAAAGCUACAAUUUCAAGUCUUACUACAGCCUAGUUUGGGUACCAUCCCAUAACAUAAGGAAUGUUGAUUUGCUAACCAGGACACUGUAACGACCCAGAUUCUUACAUCACAAAUGAUCUGCUCCAGUUAGAAGCAAUGCUUUGCUGCUGCUAAUUUCCACAGACUUCAACACCAUGGGUACACCGUGUGUUUACAUGCAUACAGUACAUAUUAUCUCAUAUCUGUUAUAGCUAUAUACAGUACAGUGUUUUAAUGCACAGGUUCUGAUUAGAAAUGUUGGUACCAAUUAAAGCAUCCAAUUAUUUAAUUGAUAAAGGCCUAUAAUGAUAAAGGGGUUAGAAACAGUAACUGAGAGCUAUAUAAAUGUAUAUAAAAAGUUAUUCUGUGCAAAUGGGCCGCAUGAAACACAGACGUGGGGGGGUGGUGGUGUUCAUUUCUAAAUCACAUGAGGUCCCCUAGUAAUACCUUUUCCGUGCAAUUAGGGCUGAAGACUUUGUAGAUCAUCGGGCUGUGAGUUGAAACAGUCUGUUGUGUUUCUAGACUGUACAUUUUUAACUCAAACAGGUAAUUACCAUUUCAGUAUUCAGUUUUCCCCACUCUUUAACAGGUUCCAAUGUCGAAAUAAAACAGUGACAUCCCUAAUAAAGUAGGUAAAAGCCAUGAAUAAGA